CGUUAGGGAUGCAUGGGUUAGGGCGCAGAGCGCUAGGGGUUGGACGCGCGGAACUUGGGGAUGGGAAAUCUCGAUUCUGGAACAUUGCUGAACAGUUGCCACAAAUAUGGUGCUCUGAGGAAGUAGUACAAGUUUGUGGCAUAGUAGUAGCAGAAAAGUAAUGCUCUUUCAAAACCUGGUCCUGCAAACAAUCAUCAAGCGACACUGCCAGGCGGCUGCACACAUCUUCAAGGAAGUGUACGGCUGAAGCCCUUCAUCAUGGACAGACGCUACCUGCUGGUGCUGGGGUUGGGGCUGCUGCUGCGCUGGGCGGUGUCGCUGCACCCGCACUCCGGUCGGCACCAGCCACCCAUGUAUGGCGACUACGAGGCACAGCGGCACUGGAUGGAAGUCACGCACAACCUGCCGCUGUCCGACUGGUACCACAACACCACCGACAAUGACCUGCUCUACUGGGGCCUCGACUAUCCGCCACUCACGGCGUACCACAGCUACGUGUGCGGCGCCGUGGCCGCCUGGUUGGAUCCCUCGUACGUGGCACUGCACGCGUCGCGCGGCCUCGAGACGCCCGAGCACCGGCUGUUCAUGCGCAGCACGGUGCUGGUGGCGGACCUGCUGGUGUUCCUGCCGGCCGUGCUGUGGUUCGCGCUGUCGCUGUGCCGCAGCCGCAGUGUCACGCUUAACGUGCUGGCUGUGUUCGCGCUGUAUCCCGGCCUUAUGCUGAUCGACCACGGCCACUUCCAGUACAACGGCGUGUCGCUGGGCCUGACCGUGGCGGCGGUCGCGGCGCUGGUCGGCCGCCGCGACCUGGUCGGCGCCGCGCUCUUCUCGCUGGCGCUCAACUACAAGCAGAUGGAGCUGUACCACGCCAUGCCGUUCUUCUGCUACCUGCUGGGUUUGUGUCUGCGCCAGCGCACCUGGGCUGCCGCCGUCGGCAAGCUGACUAGGAUCGGCGCCGUGGUGGUGGCCACGUUUGGGCUCGUGUGGCUGCCGUUCUUGGUGGACGGUGAGCGGACGGCGCAAGUGGUGAUCCGUCUCUUCCCGUUCAACCGCGGCUUGUUCGAAGACAAGGUGGCAAACUUCUGGUCCAGUCUGUCCGUGGCGUACAAGGUGAAGGAACUGUACGACAUCGGCACAGUUGCAAGCAUGUGCCUGUCGGCGACGGCCGUGUGCCUGAUGCCCAGCAGUUUGGCGCUUCUCACAGACCCGACCGCGCACAACCUUAUGCUGUCGCUACUGAACUCGGCGCUCGCUUUCUUCCUUUUCUCCUUCCAAGUGCACGAGAAAAGUAUACUGCUGGCUGCUAUUCCGGCCUGCAUGCUCUUCCCCGACUACCCGCUCUCGUGCUUCUGGUUCCUCACCGCUUCAACACUGAGCAUGCUGCCCUUGCUGCUGAAGGACGGCCUCCUGCUCGCCACCAUCGCCACCACCGUCUUCUUCAUCGUAGCCGUCAACAUGACGACGGGUGUGCUGGACGUGAGCCGGCGCGCCGCGGCGCCCAAGCAGCGCUCCCGCCUCACGUCCACCAGCGGCCAGCCGACGGUCGACCCCUGCUCGCGCUGGGCGGUGCCCGCCUUCGGCCUCUCGCUGGCCGGCUAUGUGCUGCUGGGCGCAGCCGCGGCCGUCCUUAGUCCGCCGGCGCGCUACCCCGAUCUCUGGGCCGUGCUCAUCUCGCUCUACUCGUUCGUCCAUUUUGCCGGCUUCUUCUUGUAUUUUCACCUGAUUCAGUUCCAGUUCUUCGACGAGAAGUUUAAGAUAUGCUGAACACGCAGCUUUUCUACUUUUUUAGAUGGGAGACCCUUGCCGUUAUGGUAUUCUGUUGAGUCUUUGUCACGGACACCGCGCACGAGGGGCACGAGAGCAUCGCUUGGCAUAUGCUGUCAUUCAGAUAUAUCCUGUCCAUGGUGCUAAAGGCUCCCUUUUGUUAAACCGAGUGUCCACCAUCGACGGGCAGUUUGUGUGCGACGCACUGCUAGUACCAUUGUCAGAAUGCGGGGCUAAAUUUUCGCCAACGUUUUAUGAAAUACCUGUCGGUGGGGUUUCGUGCUGCUUGCAUGUCCAUGGUCGGUUCCAUGACGGUGCACUAGCGUGGUGCGGUUAAUAUCUGCAGUGUCCAAGGUCUGUGUGGCGCGAUGAGAUCCGUGGAGAUUGGGCCGGUGAAAUAGCUCGCACUGCCUUAUGUUUUGGUGCAAGGUUGUGAUGCCUGGGGCUGGUUUUUAAUACAAACUCGCUGGGACAUGUUGA